AUCCACGCAGCACCCCUACGCCACACGUUGGUUCAAUCCACAUGCGGUGUGCAGCCUUGACUCAAGUGUAGUGUGUGUUUUAGAUGAAGACGGUUUCAGGUGGGCAGAACAGUUACACUCGACCGAAAAAAGCGAAGAAAUCCUGCACUUUUGCAGAAUGUUUGUAUCGCUGUUGUGAUUAUAGGAUGGAGGAUGUCUUCUCACACCUUCAAAUGUGUGUCCUGGGAACCCCUACAUUGCAGAAUGCUAUAAACGCAUGUUUAUCAACGUGUGCAAUCAUAAUGCCAUAGUCAGUAUGGUAGCACUUUAAAACGCCUACCUUUUCAGUGACCAGCUUACAGAACUGUGAGCUAAAGGACAAUAAGCUCACAAGUUGUAGUGCCAAGAACACAUGACGCCUACGCAGAAAACAAACUCCUGCAAAUAUUUUACAUUUAAUGAACUUUUUAAAAUAUCUAAUAAGAAAACCAUUAUCCACUCUGGCAGUGACAUUUAUUUUCAACUUGUCCUCUAAUGAGGGCCAGCUAUCUAUUUGCAUACCGUCACAUGCUGCCAUGACUCAAUCCAAUGUUACAGUUCUCUCAGCUAAUAUCUCUGGAGGAUAUGAAUGGGGUAAUCUGUACCGUCCAUUUUCUGUGUUCAGUGUUCUCACGCUCACUUUGCUGGCCAUGCUAGUGGUGGCCACUUUUGUAUGGAACCUUCUGGUGUUGGUGACCAUCCUGAGGGUGCGCACCUUCCAUCGUGUGCCCCACAAUCUGGUUGCCUCCAUGGCCAUCUCGGAUGUGAUGGUUGCAGGACUGGUUAUGCCCCUCAGUCUCGUUAGAGAGCUCUAUGGUCGGCGUUGGAUUCUGGGUCGGGCACUAUGUCAGGUCUGGAUCUCCUGUGAUGUGCUCUGCUGCACAGCCAGUAUCUGGAACGUGACGGCUAUUGCCCUCGAUCGCUACUGGUCCAUCACUCGCCACCUGGAGUACACGCUGAAGACACGCAAACGAAUCUCUAAUGUGAUGAUUGGCCUCACAUGGCUGCUCUCCUCUGUUAUCUCGCUUUCGCCACUCUUCGGUUGGGGUGAGACCUACUCAGAAGACGGUCUGACUUGUCAAGUAAGCCAGGAGCCCUCCUACACAGUCUUCUCCACCUUUGGAGCCUUUUACCUGCCCCUCUGCGUGGUGCUCUUUGUCUACUGGAAGAUUUACAAGGCUGCCAAGUUCCGUAUUGGCUCUCGCAAGACCAACACCAUCACACCCAUGGCUGAGGUCAUAGAGGUAAAGGAGGCUGAACGACAACCACAGAUGGCCUUCACAGUCCGUCACGCUACUGUAUCGUUCCAGACGGAUGGCGAGACGUGGCGAGAGCAGAAAGAGAGGAGAGCAGCUCUGAUGGUGGGCAUCCUGAUAGGUGUGUUUGUUCUCUGUUGGAUUCCCUUUUUCCUUGCUGAGCUCAUCAUUCCGCUCUGUUCAUGUGACAUCCCUCCUGUCUGGAAAAGUGUCUUCCUCUGGCUGGGUUACUCAAACUCCUUCUUUAACCCGCUCAUCUACACAGCCUUUAACAAGAACUACAACAACGCGUUUAGAAACCUUUUUUCCAGACAGCGAUGAGGAACAGAAAGAAGAAAGACCAGAAUGAAGACCUUUGGGUUUUAUGAGUAGAAAGUGAGAAGAACAUCAAGAGAAGCCUUCUUCUCAGUUCAGACACAGAAGAACAAGCAAUUCACUCACUCUAACCAUUGUUAAAGGAGGAAGGGGGAUUUCCAACACACUUCGGAAACCCUGCAGGGGUAGUGUUGAGAUCUGUCUGUGUAUGAAUGCUGCUGCUGCUGAUGUCUUCAUGGUUAGACAAGUUGGCACUAUCUGUUGAUUCAGCAGUACUGAUAUAAUGCACGUCUUCUAAACCAUCCAAGUGUCUGCUUUAGCAAGAUUGAACAAAUCAUUCAGACACUAAGCAAACUUUCUGUAGCUCUUGCAAUUUCUGUGAAACCAUAGAUUCGUUCCACUGUUUUAAUGGAUGUGAAACAUCAAAGCCCUUUUUCUUCUAAUUGUCAAUGAAGACACGAUGUAGGCAUUUUUACACUUCAUGAAAAUCUGGCUUAAUAUCCUUUCACUUCUUAAAAAUAUACUGGCUAAGGAGCAAUUUGUAUUUUCAUUCAUUAUAUUAUUUUUUCCUUAUGAGGAAAGUUGAUGUGCAAAAGAUGAACUAAGACAAUUCAUGAUUUCAGGUAAAGACAUAGUAUAAUGAAGUGAAAUUGAAAUUUUGAACAGAAUAGUUGUUAUAAGUGACCUCAUAACAAUGCCUUUGUUUCCAAGCAUCACAUCGUAAGCUACCAUUGUAGCAGAGUGAAUUGGAAUAAGGAGAUUACAUGGAACCAAAUGUAAACAAGCCUGCAGUUUUUAGUUUUUUUGUUUGUUUGUGCUACAGUUGUUAAUCAGUGAAUAUGUUUUGCCCCUAGCAGCUAUCACAGUGCUUCCAGUGCAUGUCCAAAGAAUCACAAUAAGUUUGAAACAGUAUCGCUUUAAAAUAUUUUAUCAGUUUAUCAGUUCAUCCAUUAUUCAUAGACUCCACUUUAGGGCAGCACCAACUUUUACUUUGCAUAUGCGUCUAUGAGAAUAAAGUAAUGUCUGUAGUGAGACUAGUACUCAAGCUUCUGAAAGGUUGAAGAAAGUGAGCCAGAUACUGAGAGAUGAAAAAGGAAAUGGAAAGGCAAAGAGUGGGAACAUGAAUAUGUGACCCUGGACCACAAAAUCAGUCUUAAGUGUUAAUUUCUCAAAAUUGAGGUUUAUAUGUCAUCAGAAAGCUGAAUAAAUAAGCUUUCCAUUGAUGUGUGGUUUGCCAGGAUCGGACGAUAUUUGACCGAGAUACAUCAAUUUGAAAAUCUGGAAUCUGAGGGUGCAAAAAAGUCAAAAUACUGAGAAAAAAAAAUUUGUCCAAAUGAAUUCUUAACAAUGCAUAUUAACAAUAAAAAAUUAAGUUUUGAUAUAUUUUUG